UCGGCUUCUAAACGUCAAAUAUGGCGGCUGUGUUUUGCUCUGUGAGGUGUCCACGUGGCUUCAGUAGACUAUUCUGAAGAGUUAUGUUUAACAUGAUUGGUAUCGUGUAUAUAAGGAUACUAUUCGGGUUAAACGACAUAUAAUGAAUCUGUCGUUUGAUACGUUUGAUCUUUGCAUCUCAUUCCUGUGAAUAUCUCGUAGUGUGCAAAACUGAACAGCCUGGGAAACAUGCAACCAGGCGCUGCCCGUUAUCUAAUAUUUUUCCAAUAUGCAGGGACAAAAUACAGUGGUGUGAUGAAAGCACCAGACCAUCAGGCUGUGGAGGGAGUCCAAAAUCAUUUAGAGAAGGCAGUGCGAAAACUAAAGCCGGUUAAUGAAGUAUCAUUGGCGAUCUCCAGUAGGACAGACUCUGGUGUGCAUGCCCUGUGUAACUCUGCUCAUGUAGAUAUCCAGAGAAGGGGAGACAAACCACCUCUGCUCGAGCAAGACCUGAUUGAUGCUUUAAACUUCCACUUGAAAUCAGAGCCUAUAAGAAUCACUAGGGCUUACCGUGUGCACUGGGACUUCCACGCACGCUAUCGCGCCAUAUCACGGACAUAUGUGUACCGCUUUGCUAUGGGUCUCAGACAUCAUACAGAAAUGCCCAUAACAGAGCGUGAUUUAUGCUGGGCAUUACAAGACACGAGGCUGAAUAUCAAUGCAAUGCAAGAGGCUACUGCCCUACUGUUAGGAACCCAUGACUUCAGCACCUUCCGUGCCUUGAACUCAGAGACCACCUUUAAGAACCCAGUGAAGACCCUAGAUUUGGCCCAUCUGGAACCUGGGCUCUCGUUUAGUCAGAGACACUUUCACAGAGAUAUUCAGUUCUGGGAGCUCACUUUUAAAAGUAGGUCUUUUUUAUAUAGACAAGUGCGGAGAAUAACCGGAGCGUUGGUUGCCGUUGGUCAGGGUAGACUGUCAAUUCAUCAGAUUCAGGAAUUACUAGAGGCACGUGAUUCCCUGGCCUUCCCAAAAAACAUGACGGCCCCGGCCCACGGCCUGUUUUUGACCAAUGUAGGGUACAGAGAUGCAGAUCUUUCGCCUUAUGUGCUGGACUGAACAUACCAUUUCAUAAUACUUGAUGUAAAUAUGUUUCAAAAAAGGUUGUAAAACUGUUGUAUCGCAUACUUCUGUCAAACACUUGAGUUCCUGUGUUUUAAAUAUUAAACGGAUAUUUCUG